GAUGUAACAAUUGUAUCGGCAUGUGCACCUCCAGGCGGUGGCCGCAACCCUGUGACUCCCCGCUUCAUCAGACAUUUCAGCAUGCUGUGCCUCCCAGUGCCCUCAGAUCACAGUCUGAAACAGAUUUUUCAGGCCAUCUUAAAUGGUUUCCUGAGUGACUUUCCACCAGCUGUAAAGCAAACUGCAUCAAGCAUUGUAGAAGCCUCAGUUGAGAUUUAUAAGAAAAUGAGUGUUGACCUCCUGCCAACACCUGCCAAGUCCCAUUACAUCUUUAACUUGAGGGACUUAUCCAAAUGUGUGCAAGGUAUCCUUCAAUGUGAUCCAGGAACAACAAGAGGAGAAAUUCAGAUCUUUAGACUUUUUUGCCAUGAAUGCCAAAGAGUCUUCCACGAUCGCUUGAUUAAUAAUGAAGAUAAGCAAUAUUUCCAUGUUAUUCUGACAGAAAUGGCCAGCAAACAUUUUGGAAUUGCAAUUGACCUGGAAUAUUUUUUGAAUAAGCCCAUCAUAUUUGGAGAUUUCAUUAAGUUUGGAGCAGAUAAAGCUGAUCGGAUUUAUGAUGACAUGCCUGAUAUAGAGAAAAUUGCAAAUGUUCUACAGGACUAUCUUGAUGAUUAUAAUCUCACAAAUCCCAAAGAAGUAAAGUUGGUGUUCUUCCAGGAUGCUAUAGAACAUGUUUCAAGGAUUGCUCGGAUGAUACGUCAAGAAAGAGGCAAUGCCCUGCUUGUCGGAGUAGGAGGCACAGGAAAGCAGUCACUCACGAGACUUGCAGCUCAUAUAUGCGGUUACAAAUGUUUACAGAUUGAACUCAGCCGGGGGUAUAAUUAUGAUAGUUUUCAUGAAGACCUGAGGAAGUUGUACAAAAUGGCUGGUGUAGAAGACAAGAAUAUGGUUUUCCUUUUCACCGACACCCAGAUUGUAGUGGAGGAGUUCCUAGAAGAUAUAAAUAACAUCCUGAACUCAGGUGAAGUGCCUAAUUUAUUUGAAAAGGAUGAACUGGAGCAGGUUUUAGCGGCCACCAGACCAAGAGCAAAAGAAGUAGGAAUUUCCGAGGGGAACAGAGAUGAGGUGUUUCAAUACUUUAUCAGCAGAGUGCGUCAGAAGCUGCACAUUGUUCUCUGCAUGAGCCCAGUUGGGGAGGCCUUUCGGUCCCGGUGCAGGAUGUUUCCAUCGCUUGUGAACUGCUGCACCAUUGACUGGUUUGAGCAGUGGCCCAGAGAAGCACUUCUUUCUGUGGCAAAGACAUUUUUCUCACAAGUCGAUACUGGAAAUGAGGACCUGAAAGAAAAGCUUCCCUUGAUGUGCGUGAACGUUCACCUGAGUGUCUCCAGCAUGGCAGAGCGCUAUUACAAUGAGCUGCGCAGGCGGUACUACACAACACCCACCUCCUAUCUGGAGCUUAUCAAUCUUUACCUGUCUAUGCUGUCUGAAAAAAGGAAGCAGAUUAUUUCAGCACGAGAUCGGGUGAAGAAUGGUCUCACUAAGCUACUAGAAACAAACAUACUAGUAGAUAAAAUGAAAUUAGAUCUUUCAGCUUUAGAGCCUGUACUUUUAAUAAAAUCACAAGAUGUUGAAGACCUGAUGGAAAAAUUGGCAGUGGAUCAAGAAAGUGCCGAUCAGGUCCGUAACACUGUGCAGGAGGACGAAGCAACAGCAAAAGUCAAAGCUGAAGAAACCCAAGCAAUAGCUGAUGAUGCUCAAAGAGAUCUUGACGAGGCACUACUUGCACUGGAUGCUGCCAACAAAGCACUGGAUUCCUUAGAUAAGGCAGAUAUAUCUGAAAUCAGAGUUUUUACAAAGCCCCCAGCUUUGGUCAUGACAGUAAUGGAAGCAAUCUCCAUUCUCUUGAAUGCCAAGCCUGAUUGGGCAUCAGCAAAGCAACUUCUUGGUGACUCUAACUUUCUAAAAAGGCUUUUAGAAUAUGAUAAGGAGAACAUAAAGCCUCAGAUAUUGGCAAAGCUUCAAAAGUAUAUUAAUAAUCCUGAUUUUGUGCCUGAAAAAGUGGAGAAAGUGUCCAAAGCAUGUAAAUCUAUGUGCAUGUGGGUAAGAGCUAUGGAUUUGUACUCUCAAGUGGUCAAGGUCGUUGAACCAAAAAGACAAAAGCUCCGUGCCGCACAGGCUGAACUUGACAUUACCAUGGCUACCCUGAGAGAAAAGCAGACAUUACUAAGACAAGUAGAAGAUCAAAUACGGGCCUUACAAGAUGAAUAUGACAAAGGUGUAAAUGAAAAAGAAAGCCUGGCAAAGACGAUGGCCCUGACAAAAGCACGUCUAGUACGUGCUGGAAAGCUGACGGCAGCAUUGGAAGAUGAGCAGGUUCGAUGGGAAGAAAGCAUACAGAAGUUUGAGGAAGAAAUCUCAAAUAUCACUGGGAACGUGUUCAUAGCAGCAGCUUGUGUGGCCUACUAUGGGGCUUUCACAGCCCAGUACAGGCAGGCACUUAUAGAGUGUUGGAUCCAGGACUGUCAGUCUCUGGAGAUCCCAAUCGAUCCUUCCUUCAGUCUCAUUAACAUUCUUGGAGAUCCCUACGAGAUACGGCAGUGGAACACUGAUGGGCUGCCCCGUGACUUGAUAUCAACAGAAAAUGGCAUUUUGGUUACUAAAGGCAGACGAUGGCCUUUGAUGAUUGAUCCCCAAGAUCAGGCAAACCGUUGGAUAAGGAACAAGGAAAGCAAAAGUGGUUUAAAAAUCGUUAAGCUUACAGAUAGUAAUUUCUUACAAAUACUCAAGAAUUCAAUCCGACUUGGUUUACCUGUCUUACUGGAAGAGCUUAAGGAAACCUUGGAUCCAGCUCUAGAACCCAUUCUUUUGAAACAAAUUUUUAUCAGUGGUGGCCGACUACUCAUCCGUCUUGGAGACUCAGACAUUGAUUAUGAUAAAAACUUUAGGUUCUAUAUGACAACCAAAAUGCCAAAUCCCCACUACCUGCCUGAGGUAUGCAUUAAAGUUACCAUUAUCAAUUUCACUGUAACAAAAUCAGGUCUGGAGGAUCAGUUAUUAAGUGAUGUGGUGCGACUUGAAAAACCCAAGUUGGAAGAACAAAGAAGCAAGCUCAUCGUGAGGAUCAACACUGAUAAAAACCAGUUGAAAACUAUUGAACAGAAAAUCCUGAGAAUGCUCUUUACCUCUGAAGGAAAUAUUUUGGACAAUGAAGAACUUAUUGACACACUGCAGGAUUCAAAGAUCACUUCGGGUGCCAUUAAAACCAGGCUGGAAGAAGCAGAGUCCACUGAGCAAAUGAUCAAUGUGGCUCGUGAGAAGUAUCGUCCAGUGGCCACUCAAGGCUCUGUAAUUUACUUUGUCAUUGCAAGCCUCUCAGAAAUAGAUCCUAUGUACCAGUAUUCAUUAAAGUAUUUUAAACAGUUGUUCAAUACCACCAUUGAAACUUCUGUAAAGACGGAAAAUCUACAACAGCGCCUGGACAUACUACUAGAACAAACUCUCCUAACUGCUUAUGUCAACGUUUCAAGAGGACUUUUUGAACAACAUAAACUCAUCUACAGCUUUAUGCUCUGUGUUGAGAUGAUGCGUCAGCAAGGAACCCUAACUGAUGCUGAAUGGAAUUUCUUUCUCCGAGGUUCUGCAGGAUUGGAAAAGGAACGCCCACCUAAGCCUGAAGCUCCCUGGCUACUUACUGCUACGUGGUUCGCUUGCUGUGACUUGGAAGAAUCAUUUCCAGUUUUUCAUGGACUUACCCAAAAUAUAUUGUCACAUCCUAUUUCCAUACGCUUAGGAUCUUUUGAGACUUAUAUUAACCCACAGGAAUGGGAAGGCUAUUCUAAAAUGAAACACGAAGAGAAACACCUGAGACAGGAAAAGGAGGCUGCACACCAGGAUCCAUGGAGUGCAGGAUUGAGUUCUUUCCAUAAGCUAAUUCUUAUUAAAUGUUGUAAAGAAGAAAAGGUGGUUUUUGCUCUUACAGACUUUGUGAUAGAAAAUCUUGGAAAACAGUUUAUAGAGACACCACCUGUGGACCUGGCUACCCUGUAUCAAGACAUGUCAUGCAACACUCCCUUGGUAUUCAUCUUAAGCACAGGCUCAGAUCCCAUGGGUGCAGUUCAGAGGUUUGCCCGGGAAAGUGGAUAUUCAGAACGGGUGCAUUCAAUUUCACUGGGGCAAGGACAGGGACCUAUUGCUGAAAAAAUGAUCAAGGAAGCAAUGAAAUCAGGAAACUGGGUAUUUUUGCAAAACUGCCAUCUUGCUGCUUCUUGGAUGUUGGCAAUGGAAGAGCUCAUUAGAACCUUCACAGAUCCAGGUAGUGCUAUUAAGGACACUUUUCGACUUUUUUUAAGCUCCAUGCCUAGUAAUACAUUUCCUGUUACAGUUCUUCAAAAUUCUGUCAAGGUGACCAAUGAGCCUCCAAAAGGCUUACGUGCAAAUAUCAGACGAGCAUUUACUGAAAUGACACCUUCGUUUUUUGAAGAAAAUAUACUUGGAAAAAAAUGGAGGCAAAUAAUAUUUGGCAUUUGUUUCUUCCAUGCGAUUAUUCAGGAGAGAAAGAAGUUUGGCCCCCUUGGUUGGAAUAUCUGCUAUGAAUUUAAUGACAGUGACAGGGAAUGUGCUUUACUGAACCUCAACCUCUAUUGUAAAGAAGGAAAGAUUCCCUGGGAUGCACUGAUUUAUAUUACCGGUGAAAUUACCUAUGGUGGUAGAGUCACAGACAGCUGGGAUCAAAGAUGCCUUCGUACUAUCUUGAAAAGAUUUUUUUCUCCUGAAACAUUAGAAGAAGAUUAUAAAUACUCUGAAUCAGGCAUCUAUUUUGCACCCAUGGCUGACAGCCUACAAGAGUUUAAGGACUACAUUGAAAAUCUGCCUUUGAUCGAUGACCCAGAAAUUUUUGGAAUGCAUGAAAAUGCCAAUCUAGUCUUCCAGUACAAAGAGACCAACACUUUAAUCAACACCAUACUUGAGGUUCAGCCAAGGUCAUCUACUGGUGGAGAGGGAAAAAGCAAUGACGAAAUUGUUCAAGAACUUGUUGCUUCUGUCCAGGCCAGAGUUCCAGAAAAACUGGAAAUGGAGGGUGCUUCUGAGGGCCUUUUCAUCAAGGAUCCUCAAGGACGCCUGAACUCCUUGACCACUGUUCUUGGACAAGAAGUGGACCGGUUUAACAACCUGCUGAAGUUAAUUCACACUUCUCUGGAAACACUCAACAAAGCCAUCGCUGGAUUCGUGGUGAUGUCUGAAGAAAUGGAAGAAGUGUAUAACAGUUUCCUCAAUAACCAGGUUCCUGCUCUGUGGUCCAACACAGCCUACCCAUCCCUGAAGCCACUAGGGUCGUGGGUCAAAGACCUUAUCCUGAGGACCUCAUUUGUGGAUUUGUGGCUCAAAAGAGGACAGCCUAAGUCCUACUGGAUCUCCGGUUUCUUCUUUCCUCAAGGAUUUCUAACAGGAACUCUUCAAAAUCAUGCUCGAAAAUACAAUUUGCCUAUAGAUGAGCUAAGUUUCAAAUACAACGUAAUUCCCACCUAUCGGGAUCAAGCUGCAGUGAUAGAAGCUGCCAAGACAGUGCAAUUUGGACAAGAACUGCCCAUGGACAUGGAGUUGCCCUCUCCCGAGGAUGGUGUUCUUGUUCAUGGGAUGUUCAUGGAUGCUUUUCGAUGGGAUGAUAAGGGAAUGGUGGUAGAAGACGCAUUGCCCGGACAGAUGAAUCCAGUGCUGCCUGUGGUGCAUUUUGAACCACAACAAAAUUAUGAGCCAAGCCCAACACUUUACCACUGCCCACUUUAUAAAACAGGAGCCCGGGCAGGAACACUCUCAACCACAGGACAUUCAACCAACUUUGUGGUAACCGUCCUCUUACCCUCCAAGCGGUCCAAAGACUACUGGAUUGCCAAGGGAUCAGCUUUGCUCUGCCAGCUGAGUGAAUGAAAAGGUGCCACCUCAGCACUGAAAAAGAACCAGGCCACAGAUCUUUCCUAAUGGGAGCAAAACGUUUGAAUAACUUAUAUGUGAGCAAAAAGGUAUUAAUUCUGAUUUGACUUAAAGGUAUCAAGUGUAACUUUUAUUUCUCUUAUGUCCUUAAAAUAAAGUGUUUGAGUUCUUUCUGUUGGCAA